AUGGCCAAUUCCAUAUCCGACUCCUCGUCCGAGAAGAUUCAACCCUCGAGCAUGAUGGUAAUGGUCGACGAGAAAGAGUCCCGAUACAUCGAUCCAGGCGCUCUCGAAGCAAAUCAUCCACCACGACGCAGCCCAUCUUCCGACGAAGAAUCCACCCUCGACGAGCUUCACGAUCACGACCACACACACAAUGACCUCACACAAGUCCCGACCAACGCCAGCGCAAUCGCUCGCACCCUCUCCGCCGUGCGAACGCGCGGGUCCGGCAAAGAUCUAGGUCCACCGCCAGACGGGGGUUUCCAAGCCUGGCUGCAAGUCGCACUCGGCCAUAUGAUCAUCUUCAAUACGUGGGGGUACAUCAACAGUUUCGGAGUCUUCCAGACAUACUAUACCUCGACGCUGGGCCGACCACCAUCCGACAUCUCCUGGGUAGGCAGUAUCCAGAUCUUCCUACUCUUCUUCAUCGGGACGUUUUCCGGGCGAGCCACGGAUGCGGGAUACUUCCGGUUCACGAUCGUGGUGGGCGCGACGUUAGAAGUCUUUUGCAUUUUCAUGACCUCGCUGUGUACGGAGUACUGGCAGCUUUUCCUGGCGCAGGGACUGGGUCAGGGAAUCGGGUGUGGACUCAUGUUCUGUCCGACGUUGGCGCUCAUCUCGACGUAUUUUGUGAAAAGGCGCGGCAUCGCAAUUGGCAUUGUUGCCUCUGGUUCGGCGACGGGCGGGCUCGUCUUCCCAGCCGUGGUGAUGCGGUUACUCCCACGCAUUGGAUACGGAUGGACUAUGCGCACGCUGGGGCUCAUCUCCCUGGUCACGCUAAUCCCGUGUCUGAUCUUCUUCAAACAGCGCCUGCCGCCUCGCACGAGCGGACCGUUACUCGAACUAGCUGCGUUCAAGGAACUGCCCUACCUCCUCUUCGCUGUGGGCAUGUUCCUCAACUUCUGGGGCCUGUAUGUGGCGUUUUUCUACAUCGGCAGUUUCAGCCGCAACAUCAUCGGGGUAUCGGAGACCGUCUCGAUCGACCUUCUCCUCGUGAUGAACGGAGUCGGCCUCGUGGGCCGGUUAGUGCCCAACCUGCUGGCGGAUCAAUUCACGGGUCCGCUGAACCUGCUCAUUCCCUUCAGUGGGCUCACGGCCAUUGUCGCGUAUUGCUGGGCGCCCGUGAAAGACCUGUCGAGUCUGUGGGUGUUUGCUGCGCUGUAUGGAGUGUUCGCGGCGGGGAUUCAGUCGUUGUUCCCUGCGACGCUGAGCACGCUGACGACGGAUUUGAAGAAGAUUGGGGUGCGGAUGGGCAUGGUGCUUAGUGUUGUUGCGGUUGCGGCGCUGAUCGGGUCGCCUAUUGCGGGGGCGUUGAUUCAGCGGGAUGAUGGGGGGUAUUUGUAUGCGCAGAUGUUUAUGGGCAGUGCCAUUCUUGCUGGGACGUUGACUCUGAUUGCGGCGAGAGUGUGUAAAGUGGGGACGGGUCUUGCUCGUGUAUAG